UUUUAUAUAUUCACGUUUCUCGCGGAGAAAGAAAGAAAUUUCUUUAUUCUUCAUUUACAGCGUCAAUACCAAACAAUUAAUUUAAUACAAACAUAGUACUUAAUACGCGUAUCAAGUGCGGUGUAAAUUAAGCCAUUGUUCAGCAUAACGAGAAUAAUAAUUUAGUUUUUAUCAAAAGUUCCUAAUACUAUCAACAAUGAGUCGUAGGUGGGAAGGUAACAGAACAUCAGAAAGAUAUAAUCAAAAUUAUGACAAUUGGGAAGGAAGAGAUAGAAACAGAAGAGACAAUCAGUUUCAGAGAUUCUCUGAUAGAUCUUCCAAUGAUAACUGGGGUGUAGACUCAUUGUCAAAUACACAAACUUACUCUAACAGUUCUCGUAAGAGGAAUAAUGAUAAUAAUUCAUAUGAUACAAGUUCAAAUGAACUUGUUAUAUACAUCGAUCCAAACAAUAUUGGAAGACUUAUUGGAAGAGGUGGCAGCAAAAUUAAAGCUCUGCAAGAUGAAAGCAAUGCUAAGAUCACUAUUGACAAACAAUCAAAUAGAAAUGGACAAGCUGCAGUGACAUUGAUUGGUACAGAUGAAGCGCAACAGCGAGCUAAAAAUUUAAUAGAGGAACUAUUAAUCGACAGAAGCACUUCACACCAAAGCACAACAUUUGGCCAAAACUCAGAAACUAAUUCUGAACAGAAAAACGAAGAAAUUGAUUGGAACAAUUUUGAUUGGACCAAGGCUAAUGACGAAUAUGAGAAACUUCAGAAGGAAAAAUGGGCAGCUUUGCCUCCUAUUAUCAAGAACUUUUACAAAGAGGAUCCAAUGGUUGCUAAUAUGCCAAAAAUAAAAGUAGCCGAACUCAGGAAACUUAACAAUAAUAUUGAAGUUAAACUUGUUUUUGAGAACGAGGAGGGCGCCAAGGAGAUAAAAAUACCGAAUCUCAUUGAAACUUUUGAACAAGCUUUUCAAAACUAUCCAGAUAUCCUCAAAGAAAUACAAAAACAGAAAUUUGAAAAACCAAGCCCUAUACAAUGUCAAGCAUGGCCUAUUCUAUUGAGCGGUCAAGAUCUUAUCGGGAUAGCGCAAACCGGAACUGGAAAAACUCUUGCUUUCUUAUUGCCUGCUUUGAUCCACAUUGAUGGGCAAGUAUCUCCUCGUGAAGAGCGUCCUGGACCAAAUGUCCUCGUUAUGGCACCAACUAGAGAACUGGCAUUGCAAAUUGAAAAGGAAGUUGGAAAAUAUUCUUAUCGCGGUAUUAAAGCCGUGUGCGUGUACGGUGGUGGAAGUCGGAAACAACAAAUCAACAUGGUAACAAAGGGCGUGCAGAUAGUAAUCGCAACCCCCGGAAGAUUAAACGACUUGGUGCAAGCGGGAGUGUUAAACGUAUCAGCCGUGACAUAUCUCAUACUUGACGAAGCUGAUCGCAUGCUGGACAUGGGUUUUGAACCACAAAUUCGCAAAACCUUACUAGGUGUACGACCAGAUAGACAAACCGUUAUGACGAGCGCUACAUGGCCACAAGGUGUAAGACGCUUAGCUCAAUCGUACAUGAAAAAUCCGAUUCAAGUAUGCGUUGGGUCACUUGAUUUAGCAGCUGUUCACACUGUAACACAAAGGAUUCACUUGAUUAGUGAAGAUGAUAAGAUAGAUAUGAUGCACCAGUUCUUCCGUGAGAUGGGCCCUCAAGAUAAGGUGAUCGUAUUUUUUGGUAAAAAAGCAAAGGUGGACGAUAUCUCUAGUGAAUUAGCUUUAUCGAAUGUUGAUUGUCAGAGUAUUCAUGGUGAUAGAGAGCAAGCGGACAGAGAACAAGCAUUAGAGGAUCUGAAGACCGGAGCUGUUCAGAUUCUUCUCGCGACUGAUGUGGCCAGUCGAGGAAUCGAUAUUGAAGACAUUACACAUGUAUUGAAUUUCGACUUCCCAAAGGAUAUAGAAGAAUACGUUCACAGAGUCGGACGUACCGGACGCGCUGGUCGAACAGGUGAAAGUAUUACUUUUAUGACGAGACAAGACUGGCAUCAUGCUAAGGAACUCAUCAGUAUUCUUGAAGAGGCUGAGCAAGAAGUACCUGAGGAGUUAUAUAAAAUGGCUGAAAGGUAUGAAGCAUGGAAACAGAAGAAAGAUUCAGAACGAUCCUUUUUAAGAAAUGGUAGAGAUGGUAACAAUAGAAGUAGACAGGGCUAUAAUCGUAGCCGAUGGUAAAAUCCGACUGAUUAAUUGUACGAGUAACGCAAGAUUCAUUUUUAUCGUAAUUGCAAACUAUAUACAUCGAACAAUGUAAAGAGGAUCUUAUAUAAGAUCAUUGUACCUAAUACAUUGUGAUAUUACAUUUUUAUUUCAUCCAUAAAAUUUCUGAGGAAUAAUCUCAGAUAAUGUUUA